CAAUGUGCAGAUAAACUACCUGAAGAUAAACCUUUAUUUGUUUGUGAUCCAGAUAAAAUAUUUAAUUCAACACAAUUAAUAAGAAUAAAUGAUGAACUUGCCAAAGUAGCUAUUGGAACACCUUGUCCAUGUCAAAGGCGUUCUCAGUGUUCAAGCGGUUAUAGCACCAGUAGUGGAAGUACAUUUCAUGGUUUUAUUGUUUCAAUAGCUUUAGUUGAUAAUCUUCAAAUGAAUUUUCAUUCACCAUCAGAACAACAAUUGACAGAUCGAGCUGAGAGUUUUUGUAAAGCAUUAGAAGGACGUUGGGCUCUCGGGGAUUGUGGAAAUUCUGUUAUAGUUUUUGUUUGGAGACAUUAUAAAAAAUUAAUUAUUUGGCCUGCAAGAUUAGCAGAACGUUAUAUAACACACGGUGAACGUAAAGCAAUUCUUGCUCGUGUAAAUGAUUUAGUCCAAAAUGGAUGUGUUUGUGCGUUUCGUUGUUGCGGGAAUUUAUCUCCUGACGAAAAAUCUGGGAGUGUAUUAGUUGAUUCCUCAGCCAGUUUUAGUCUACCCCCAAUGAAUUGCCAAUUGCCUAUUACAUCUACAACAUUACAUUCCUCUCAUCAACAAAUUUCUAGAAUGCCUUCUUCUCCUUCAGCUAUUCGAAGAUCUCCUACACCUCCUCCCCAACCUUCUCAACUUAGUUAUAUGGCCUUUUCUGAUACUACAAUUGUUUAA